AUGAUUCGUAGCAAUAUCGGUACGACAUGCAAAUGGCAGGAGGCCGCCCGAGCACCUCCGGAUAUCGUCGGUCGUCCACGAGUUUUCGACAAGAGGACACUUACCUCCACAUUGCAAGGACAUGCGUUCACCGUGCAGGACAGCAGCGAACAGCAGGACGAACAAAAGAUCAAGAAGCACGCUUCUAUGGACGCACACAGGCUAGCACGCAUGGAGCGAUACGCCUAUGUCACGCAGGGCAAGUCAGAUUUCCUCUCGACGGACAUUUUGUGCGUGGUGGCAGAUGCAGUGCACGUGGGAAGUGACGAUUGGCUGAACAUCAUGGUGUACAACCACACGACGGACAAAGUUUGGGUCUGCCCGCCGCAGGUCCAGAAAUCGUCCGUCUUGUCGGCUGAGCAGUGGAAAGCUAUGUGGAACAAGGCUUCCAAGAAGUUCCUCGGGAUCGAGAAACCCGUUGGACCUGGUCAUGCGGAGGACCGGCUGGCCACACUGUCUUGGAUGCAGGACAUAAACCACGGCUUGCGACCCAUUGGCUGGACUUUUGGCUGCUGCCAGAGCACGCCGGCCGGCCCCGCGGAGGACGACACGAAGGCUAAACGUGCACCGAUCAUGAUUUUGUGCACCGACCAAGAAGCAACACAGCUGGCGGCUGUCUCCUUCUUGAGGAACAAAAAGAGCCUCUGGAUCGAACACGUCUCGGACCCCGCCCACAGGUCGCACAACGACGUGGCUUUGGCCUUGUCGGCCGCUGGACUCCUGAAGUUCUGCACAUGGUGCAUCUCGCUGUACAACAUCAGGUAUGGACCCUGGCAGAAGGGCUCGUGGGCGUUGAAGAUCCAGCAAGCCGCAAAUCGCAUGAAGGACAACAUGGACCCCUCGGACCCGAUAUUGCUCCUUUUCUUCCCGGACAUUCUGCUGGACGCCGGCCUCUCCCCCCUGGACGACAACACGGAGGAGAAACGCAGGUCGUUUUUGCAGACAUUACCCGACAUGGACUGCAUCCGCAUCAAGGGCACGAAGGCCAGCAAGAGUCGGUUCAAUUCCCUGACGACGGCCCACAGCGCGCUGGACAAAGAGUGGUCGGUCUUGGCUUUAGUUCUCACGGUGGUCUGCUUGGAGCACAACUGGGCAGUUUCCACUAAGGACCUCUUCUCGCAGGACAGCAACCAGGCCCGUGCCUCGGUUCCAUAUGGUGGAAGCAAGUCUUCUGCCAUACAGGAGGCCAAGCAAGGCAUGGACCAGGAGCGGAAGGGCAGCGCGAACAGUCUACACUUAAUGACGAAGUUCGUGAUCUCGCAGGACAACAAGACGACAGCCAGGAUGAUGUUCCAGGUCUUGCAACCCGAAGAGCUUCGUUGUUCGCUCAUGCUCAAGCAGCUGCGUUCCAAAGGCAUGACGAAGGACUACUACUCUGGCUGGGCACACUGGUCUUGGAUGAGCACUGCAAAGGACCACGUCAGGACUUUGUCGAAUUUGGAAGGUUUAUCUCGUGUCGGCCUCGACCUGACACUGGCACGCGCACAACCCCCGGAGGAGACAGAGCUUGUCUGGCAGGACUCGCUCGCAGGCCAAAUGACGCAGUUGACACUACAGAUCCUGCGGCUGCGGGCCGGGGCACAGCUGUACCAUACUGGAGGUUUCGGUGCGACCGCAGGACUAGUCCAUGCUGAAGAGCAGUUCCGUCGGGCAAGCUUGGAUUUUUUCAAAGAGAUGCAGUCUUGUAUCCAGGACACGCACAGUGGUGGUUCUCGUAUGGCAAAAAAAUUGCUCGAAGGUCAUUUCUCCCAAGGGCCGAUUAGUCGGUACAUCCUCGCCGAUCUUUGCACUACCCGGUUUCAGAGCCUUACGGAGGACGUUGCACACGUAUUGACCAGCAUUUGGUCGGGCCUCUUGAACACGAAGAUCAUCGAAGACUGUAAUAAAGUCCAGCGCGAGGCCGAGCAACGACAUUCGUCUUCGAAGGACUUGGGUCGUUUGGACGGAUGGAAGGCUGUGACCCAACAGGCCGUGGUCAAGAUGUACGAGAGGGUGGAGGCACUGUCAACGGAGCUCUACCACACGCCGGCAGCGUUUGACGUGGCCAAACUUUUCUGCAAAGACACCGAGAAGAAGAAGAUUCAAGCAGUUCGUCGUCGUUCCGAUUCGUCGGUCAGCACGCAGGUCAGUGCCUCGGAGGUGCAGGAAGCACAGCUUCUUGCAGACGUGACGAAGACGAGGGACUGGGUCUCCCACAACCACGCCGAGGAACAGGAGGUUUUGGCUGCCUUCAGUUUACUGAUGAAGGCGUGGAGGGCCAAGCGAUGGUCGCUUUGUGAAGAAGGUUGGUGCUCUGGACUUUUGCCCGAAGGACAUGUUGUACUGGCAGGUGCAGACCCGUUGUUCAUCGUUCGGACAUACCGUUUGGCUGCACUCGCAUGGCCCGGCAAGAUCGUUAAGGACAAGGACCAUGAGUUUUUCGAAUUCAACAUGGGCGUUCGGUCUCUCUUUUGGAUGCACAGCACAUCUUUGGACUUGGAAGUGUUGCGGCUGCGAGUUGUUUCACCUCUGCGUGCCUCGGCUGCAGUACAGUUGAACAUUGUCAGCCCGACACGGACAUUCUCUACAUAUAUAUUCGUCCUAUAA